GAAAGUCUCGAGCAGUUUUUAACAGAUUGGAGAAAAAAGAAAGGAAAAAAACAUUGUAUAAACCAUCUCUCCACAAACAGCACAUCCCCAAGAUCCAAGCCUAGUCUCCGGGAGGGAAUGUAGCUGGAGUUCUUCUUCACCCAAGGGAGUUCUUCAGUUUGAAGGGACGGUAGUGGGAUUGAUAUAAUAAGCAGCUAUGAAACGAUCGUUUUGGAGCUUAGAGCAUUGCUGCAGUAGAAGAAGAGGAGGAGCUCGCAGUUUAGUCUACUUGGUACUUGCCAUCCUCCUCGCUUCAAGAUGCUUGCACUCAUCCAGCGCUGGCAGAACUCAAGCGGAGCGACUGAGUACCGGUGUCCAUGAAAGCAAAGACGCAGCUUUAUCACUGUCCACAAAACGGCAGCAGCUCGAUCAGAUGGGCGAUGAUCAACAAAGUGCGGAUCAACAAAGCUGGGUAGCCGAUUACUCGCCCUUGCAAUUGGAGGAGCUUCGAUCCAGCAGCAGCCUGGUGAGGAGGAGCUUGAGCGGGCCUGGAUCGUCGCCACCCCAAUGUACGUCAAAGUGUGGGAGAUGCUAUCCUUGCAGGCCUGUUCAUGUUCCAAUCCAGCCGGGUCUCGUCAAGACCGCCGAGUACUACCCCGAGGCUUGGCGGUGCAAGUGUGGCAACAAGUUGUUCAUGCCAUGAUCAGUAACAUCAUCGCCAGGUGAUCAUACACUUCGAAGUCAUCCUCGCUCUCCUUUCUCCCCUCUCACACGUUUUUGGUCUUGAGAUCACUCCGAGCAUCGAGAGUUUUAGCACUUGGUUGUCGUGAAACCGUGCUUUUUUUUCCUUUUUCUUCGAGCUAGCUAGUUCCAGCAAUAUAUAAGAAAG